AUGCAGGGGUCUUCGAGCGCAGUAGCGCAACCAGAGGCCAUACUAGAGUGGCUGCAGAAGGAGAUGGGGUAUAGGCCAUUAGGACCGUACAGUGCAACCACAAGCAAAUCUCAAUUGCCUUCAAUUGAUGCGAUAAGGAAGAUUUGUCGUGGUAAUAUGAUACCCAUUUGGGGGUUUUUGAUAAAGAGAGUGAAAUCGGAGAAAACGGUGGAGAAUAUAAGGAAGAAUAUAUUGGUACAUGGUGGUGGUAGUGGUGGGGAGAGUGGUAGUUUGGUAAAUGUUGGGAAAGAUGAGGGGAGGAGUAAAGGAGGGAGGAGGAAGGAGAAGUUGGGUGGGGAGAGUGGGGGUGGCUCGAGUACUGCGGAGAGUAGAGAGGUGGCAUUGCAAGAGAGGGAAAUGACGGCGAAAGAGGUUGAGAGGCUGAGGAGUAUUGUUAGGAGGCAGAGGAAGGAUUUGAGGGCUAGAAUGAUUGAGGUUUCGAGGGAGGAGGCAGAGAGGAAGCGUAUGCUUGAUGAACGUGCUAAGAAUAGGCACAAGCAGGUCAUGCUGGAGGCUUACAACCAGCAAUGUGAUGAAGCAGCAAAAAUAUUUGCAGAGUAUCAUAAACGUCUUCAUCAAUAUGUCGAUCAAGCGAGGGAUGCUCAAAGGUCAGGCGUUGACAGUUCUCUUGAAGAAGCUAGCAGAUUCAGUGCAAACAGUGAGAAGGAAUCUGUUUAUUCAACUGUUAAGGGCACUAAAUCUGCUGAUGAUGUCAUUCUUAUUGAAACAACUCGGGAAAGAAAUAUCCGGAAGGCAUGUGAAUCUCUUGCAGUUUAUAUGGUGGAGAGAAUACGCAACUCUUUCCCAGCUUAUGAAGGAAGUGGUAUUCAUUUGAAUCCUCAAUCAGAAGCAGCCAAGUUGGGCAUUGAUUUUGAUGGGGAAAUACCUGAUGAUGUUAGAACUGUUGUUGUGAAUUGCCUGAAGAAUCCUCCUUAUUUACUUCGUGCAAUUACUGCAUACACUUUACGGCUGAAAACUUUGGUUUCUAGAGAAAUUGAAAAAAUUGAUGUUAGAGCUGAUGCAGAACUCUUAAGAUACAAAUAUGAGAACAACAGAGUAAUGGAUGUCUCUUCUACUGACACAAACUCACCCUUACACCAUCAACUCUAUGGCAAUGGGACGAUUGGAACAGACGUGCCUUAUAGAGGAUCUCAAAAUCAGCUUCUUGAAAGACAGAAAGCCCAUGUUCAGCAAUUUUUGGCCACUGAAGAUGCACUCAAUAAAGCUGCAGAGGCUAGGGACUUGUGUCAGAAUCUUUUAAAGCGAUUGCAUGGAACUGGUGAUGUGGUUUCUUCCCACUCAAAUGGUAUUGGAGGCACAGCACAGAACAUGGGCGGUCUGAGGCAGUUUGAGUUGGAGGUUUGGGCCAAGGAGAGAGAAGCUGCUGGACUGAGGGCAAGCUUGAAUACAUUGAUAUCUGAAAUCCAACGCUUAAAUAAAUUGUGUGCAGAGAGGAAAGAGGCUGAAGAUUCUUUGAGAAAGAAGUGGAAGAAGAUUGAAGAGUUUGAUGCACGCAGAUCGGAACUUGAAACAAUAUAUAAUGCUCUGCUGAAGGUUAACAUGGAGGAUGCGGCUGCGUUCUGGAAACGGCAGCCAGCGGUUGCAAGGGAGUAUGCAUCAACUACUAUCAUUCCAGCAUGUACAAUUGUUGCAGAUAUUGCGAACAGUGCAAAGGAUCUUAUCGAUAAAGAAGUUAAUGCCUUCUCCCUAAGUCCUGAUAAUAGUCUUUACAUGCUUCCUUCAACUCCACAGGCACUGCUGGAGUCCUUGGGUUCUAAUGGUUCUACAGGACCUGAAGUUGUUGCUGCUGCAGAGAAGAAUGCUGCUUUAUUGACGGCAAGAGCUGGUGCAAGGGAUCCAUCAGCAAUUCCAUCCAUAUGCCGUGUGUCUGCUGCCCUUCAGUAUCCUGCUGGUUUGGAGGGUUCAGAUGCCGGUUUGGCAUCAGUGUUAGAGUCCCUGGAGUUCUGCUUAAAACUUCGUGGUUCCGAGGCUACUGUGUUGGAGGACUUGGCAAAGGCAAUCAAUCUGGUCUAUAUUAGGCACGAUCUUGUUGAAAGUGGUCAUGCAUUGUUGAACCAUGCAUACCAUUCUCAACAAGAAUAUGAAAGGACAACAAAUUUUUGCUUGAAUUUGGCCACUGAGCAAGAGAAAAUUGUCUCGGAGAAAUGGUUACCAGAGCUGAAGGCUGCAGUUUCGAAUGCCCAAAAGUGCAUGGAAGAUUGCAAUUACGUGAGAGGUUUGCUUGAUGAGUGGUGGGAGCAACCAGCAUCUACUGUUGUUGACUGGGUUACAGUUGAUGGACAAAAUGUUGCUGCGUGGCAUAAUCAUUUAGGAGCAUGGGAUACACUUGGCGAUGGGCAUGAAGAGAUAUUCGAGGACAACCUUCAAUUUAGUGUGCAGGAUGAGGGAGAUGGUUGGAGGGAUUUGGUAUGCAAGAUUAGGCAUCAUCAUACGUGA